GCAGCAGCAGCAGCUCGGCUCAGGCAGCAGACGGCGGCCCGCGCCUCCGGUCCCAUCUAGCGUUUUCCUCCGUUCGUUUCCAUUCCCCCUAUUUUUUUCUUGCUCACUCCUUUCUUUUCCUGUUGACGGCUUGGAGAAAUGUCGGCCAGACCUGGAUUCUACCGACAGGAGCUGAACAAGACUGUGUGGGAGGUUCCGGAGCGGUACCAGAACCUGACGCCGGUGGGCUCCGGAGCCUACGGCUCGGUGUGUUCAGCAUACGAUGUUGUCUUACGGCAGAAGGUUGCAGUGAAGAAGCUGUCCAGGCCUUUUCAGUCUCUGAUCCACAGCCGGCGCUCGUACCGAGAACUCAGACUGCUCAAGCACAUGAAACAUGAGAACGUAAUAGGGCUUCUGGAUGUCUUCACACCUGCAGCAACUCUAGAAGACUUCAAUGAACUCUACCUGGUGACUAACCUGAUGGGUGCAGACCUCAAUAACAUCGUCAAAUUUCAGAGGUUGUCAGACGAGCACGUGCAGUUCUUAAUUUACCAGCUUCUCCGUGGCCUCAAGUACAUCCAUUCAGCAGGAUUGAUUCACAGAGACCUCAAACCAAGUAAUGUGGCAGUGAAUGAGGACUGCGAGCUUAGGAUCCUUGACUUUGGAUUGGCCAGGCAAACAGACGAUGAGAUGACAGGGUACGUGGCAACUCGCUGGUAUCGAGCGCCUGAGAUCAUGCUGAACUGGAUGCACUACAAUCAGAAUGUUGAUAUUUGGUCAGUGGGAUGCAUUAUGGGGGAGCUGCUCAAGGGAAAAGUCCUUUUUCCUGGCACUGACUAUAUUGAUCAGCUGAAGAGAAUCAUGGAGAUGGUUGGGACUCCGACGCCCGAGCUCUUAAAGAAGAUCUGCUCUGAACAUGCGCAGAAGUACAUCCAGUCUCUGCCUUUCAUGCCCCAGCAGGACCUGGAAAAGAUCUUUAGAGGGGCAAAUCCACUAGCUGUUGACCUGUUGAAGCGUAUGCUGGUUCUAGACUGUGAUGGGAGGAUCUCUGCCAGUGAGGCUCUCUCCCAUCCCUACUUCUCACAGUACCAUGAUCCAGACGAUGAGCCAGAGGCCCCGCCUUACGAUCAAACACUGGAGAGUAAAGAUCGAACUCUAGAAGAAUGGAAAGAGUUGGUAUUCGAGGAGGCGAACAGCUUCAAAGCACCCGUCAGCAAGACUGAUAGCCUUCAGGUGGAGCAGUAAGCAUCUUUCUGCUCUGCCUCAACCUUUACCUGGAGGAGGACCACAUACUCAAUGAGUGAGGGUGAAGGACUGUGGCAGGCUGAAUGAAGAUAACUGAUUCCCCUGGGCAUGGCACCUCUCCCCUCUGCUCAGUGUGACUGUGUUUGAUUGCCUGUCAUGAGUUUAUUUGAGUAGCAGGGCAGGACGGUCUCCACGGGAUCAGAUGCACACAUUACAAUUACAGGGAGCAUUUUAGAAUCAGAAAGAAGGAUGUCCUCAGUCCGGAAAGUUGCUUCCUCUUAUGUUUCCGUUUCAGUGAGACUAAAAUGAGGAACAGUUUGACUUGGCUAAAAUAGGGGUGAUUCAUACGAGGAGGCAACUUUACAGAACUGAACUGUGUUUACCGACUGAUAGAUGGCGAACAGGAGAGAAGAAGAAAAAAAAAACGCACACUAGGAUUUCCAAAGCAACGACAGAACACCAUCUGGUCCCUCAUUGUGACAAAUGCCAUAAGCAGUCACUGCUAAGACUUUCAUAUAUGGAAUUCAUAUUUAAAGGCUUGCAACAGUGCCCCAUCUUAUCACAGAUCAGCUUAACCCACAUACUAUUGCAUGAUUUUUGUGUAUUUUAUUAUUACAACAUAUUACUGGUACUGUAUUAUAACCAUUAAGACUGCUUAUUGCAUCUGCCACACACCGCUGUUAAGCCAGCCUGAGGUCCAGGGGGAGGCAUUACCAGGAAAUGUGACAGACUUUCAACCAGUUUUAUCUCUAUAAUUUCCGCACUGUAAAAAUAAAACAAAAGCAAACAAAAAAAAGCACUGUUCUUCCUCGGACGAAAACCAUCCCCUCCUGCUUACAGAAUAGUAAACACCAACUGUGCUAUUAAUUAGCAAGGUAAUUAAUAUAUGCCAAAGCUGGAAUAGAGUGACUGUGCUGCAGGUCUGUGUUUACAGUGUGAUCUCGCUUCUCAUAUACAGUUUCUGCUGAUGGCUGGUCUUUGAUCACCUGGUGGACUUGGCGCCGCUCCAUUAGGUUUCCGUAGUUCUCUGCUGUGUCUUUUUUUACAGCCCGGGUUUUUGUUUACAAUAAUUAAGAUUGUGGGCAUUUGGUAAACUGUUAGAAACAGUUUCCAGAAGGUGAGUGCUGGAUUAUAAUAUGUUAUACAGGCUGAUGAUUCCCUUAAAGCAGAUAUGUUUGGCUGCUUGUGAAAACCAGGGAGCUGACUGGUGAUCUUUAAAGUCUUUUCAGCAUCUUUUUGUAUGUUACAGAAUUAAGAGCAUCUGUGACCACAGCUUAGAAGCAUUAGGGAUGUUCUUUAUCACAGUUGAGGGUAUUUUAAUGAUGCAGCAGUUUGUUGCUACAUUAUUAUACCCAUAAUUAUAUUAAGGAACAGGUGCCACUUGUAUAAUCUACAACAGGCAGCAUUAGCUCAGUAAAUAUGCUGAUUAUUACAACGAACGCCUGAUUCCCUCACCAACAUCAUGUCAUUCAGUUUGCAGCACACUGGAGUUUUAGUUCUAUAAAAUAUUUGCUGAGGUAGAAAUAGUCUGAAUAUACCGCAGUCUAAAAGGCCAGUGAACCACAGGUUUGACAAAUGUCAAAGGGUAAAGAGGGUAAAGGUGAAGAUUAUUACUAUGGACUAAAUAGACAUAAUGCAGUCUGGUACUUACAUGCAUCUGUGGUGGCCACAUACAGUAACUAUCUGAUCUUGUUAUAUGGAAUAUAAAUGAAAUUGUGACCACACACCUGAGACACUGAAGGAUGUUAAUUAAAUUGCCCAAACCAUGUCCAGUGGUGGAUCUCCCCAAGUUAGACAUGUGAAAUGAAAUACAGUUUGUUCUUAGUACUAGUAUAACUAUAGUCAGUUGGUAUCUGUUAAUGGAAAAGUUCGUAAAUCAAGUUCAGAUGUAAAUUCUGCUUAUAUCUUGCACUUAAUCGAUAUACUGUCUGGAUACAAGUUGGAUACCAAUGGCAGGUAUAAAGGAAAUACACGUUUUGUAGGUCAGUUAGUUUGCCUAGCUGACCUAAUAGCACUUAGCUUGAUUUUAAUGUAGCAAAGUUAAACCCUAAAUAUGUUGAAAUUAGUUGUAUUUUAAUGUAUAGUUUGGUGUGUUUAUUGUCACAACAGGGAAAUGGUGGUGCUUUGGCUCCACCCACUCAAGUUGAAAUCAACCAAUGAGAGGAUUUCUGCCUCAGAGAAAUAUUUAUAUGACUAGAACAUCAAUUUACCAUUUAUGUAUAAUUUUUGAGGAACGUUUUUUCUCCAUAUUGGUUCACACUAGAGUGCUACAUGUAGCCUUUUGUGCAACUUGUCCAAACAGGAUGCAAAAUGUUGAAUUUAAAGUCCAAAUGAAUCAAAACUGUCUGUCUCAGUGGAAGCGUGUUCGAGCUCUGUCAGUUUCUGAAUGUUGAAGUGUUACUGUAUGUGCUUAUGUGGAUGUUGUACACGUGUUGGAUUUGUAUAGCAACUUCAAACCGAAUGUAUAAGUAUACUGUAUGUAUGUAUGUAUGUUACAAGUUAGCAGUGUCUUUUGAAUACAUGGUGGCAUGUGAUUCAACAGUAGCCAUGAGUUUCACAUCUCUGAACCGAAUGUCAAUUCUUCAUUUUCAAAUGACUCAGAUUCUUUUCUCAUUCAUCAUCCACGGGUAACAUGACUUGUCUUGGCUUCACAGAAUAAACAUAAUUUCUGUUUG